AUGACUUUUGCAAUCCUAAAAAGACCAACCUAUGUGUUGCUGCCAGUAAACAUCUCCCAAGAGUGGUAUGGUGAUGUCGGCUUGCAGCUUGUCAAUGAGUUUAACACGUCGCUUUCUAGAUCAAAGCGAGGACUUGGACUUACAGUAAUGGGUGUAGUGUCUUUCAUCACCUUGCUUGUUUCCCUCACCGCCACCACAGUUGCACUUACUCAAGAGAUUCAGACUGCAGCUAUUGUCAACGAGCUGAUGGACAAUGUUACCUACAACUGGGACCGGCAAGAAAAGAUUGAUCUAGCCAUUGAACAUCACUUGAAUGGACUGUAUGACACUGUUAACUUAAUUGGGAAUACUUUGGAGCAGGUCAUGAUUUGGCAACGCCUUGUGUGCCAUGCUGAUUAUCGCUCCAUUUGUGUGACUAAGCAUGUGUGGGACAUUAAGGAAGAAAGAACAGCUGCUGAGUUACUGAAAACUAUGACACAGGACUUGGUGGUCUUUGAGGAUGUGGCUGUGAUGUUUACUCAAGAAGAGUGGGCUUUGUUGGAUCUUGCUCAGAGGAACCUCUACAAAGAUGUGAUGCUGGAAAAUUUCCAUAACCUCGCUUCAGUAGGGUAUCCACUGUCCAUACCUCAUCUGAUCCUCCAUUGGGAACAAGAGGAGGACCUGAAGACAAUGGAGAAGCGAUUUAUUCAGGUCACCGGUACUGGGGAGCAUCAGGAAGGCAAGCAUUUUUUGGAGAAAUUGUCCUGGUUGGAGAACAAGAAACUAAAUCAAGCCAGUUGCUCCAAGACUCAACUUAAAAGCAGUGAAUCAGUUGUUCAGAGAGGUAUUUUACAUGAAAAAAUAUCCAUUGAACAGAAAAUAGUACGAUUUAAAAGGAAUGAUUCCAGGUCCUCUGAUUUACAUGAAAAUCGAGAAUGCCAUGAUAUUGAUGAUCAGAACAGUGACCAUGAGAGGCAUUUGAGAAGUCAUGUGGUGAAGAGCAUCCAUGAAUGUACUGAAGGACAUCAAUGUGGACAAGCCUUCAGCCGGAUGCCAAAUCUUGAUGUGGUCAAGAGCACUACUGGAGUCAAACCCUAUGAACACCAUGAGUAUGGACAGGUCUUUAUGGAUCAUUCAUCCCUUAAGAGUCACACUAGGUCUCUCACUGUAAGCAAACCCUAUCAGUGUAAGGAAUGUGGAAAAGCCUUCCACUUUCUUGCGUCUUUUAGAAAGCAUGUGAAAACUCUCAUUGAAAAUAGCCCCUAUGAAUGUAAGGAAUGCACCAAAGCCUUCAAUUGUUCCUCAUCCUUUAGGACACAUGUGAAGAGUCAUUCUGCAAAGAAAACAUAUGACUGUAAGGAAUGUGGGAAGGCCUUUAGUUGUUCCUCAUCCCUGAAAGAACAUAAAAGAAUUCAUAGUGGAGAUAAACCGUAUGAAUGUAAGGAAUGUGGGAAGGCCUUUAGUUGUUCCUCUUCCCUUUCAAAACACAAAAGAAUUCAUAGUGGAGAUAAGCCAUAUGAAUGUAAGGAAUGUGGGAAAGCCUUUAGUUCUUCCUCCCAUCUUAUAAUACAUACACGAAUUCAUACUGGAGAGAAGCCUUAUGAAUGUAAGGAGUGUGGGAAGGCCUUCAGUGAGUCCUCAAAACUCACUGUACAUGUGAGAACACAUACUGGAGAAAAACCUUACAAAUGUAAGGAAUGUGGGAAAGCUUUUAAUUGUCCCUCCUCCUUGAGCAUCCAUAUGAGAAAGCACACGGGAGAAAAACCCUAUGAAUGUCUGGAAUGUGGAAAAGCCUUUUAUCUGCCGACUUCCCUUAAUACACAUGUGAAAAAUCAAAGUAGAGAGAAACCUUAUGAAUGUAAGGAAUGUGGUAAAGCCUUUAGUUGCCCCUCAUCAUUUCGAGCACACAUGAAAGAACAUACUGGAAAGUUACAGUAUGAAUGCAAGGAAUGUGGAAAAGUUUUCAGUCGAUCCUCAUCCCUCACUGAACACUUAAGAAUACACAGUGGUGAGAAACCGUAUGAAUGUAAGGAAUGUGGGAAAGCCUUUAUUAGUUCUUCCCACCUAACAGUGCAUGUAAGGACUCAUACUGGAGAGAAACCCUAUGAAUGUAAGAAAUGCGGGAAAGGCUUUAUUUACCCCUCAGCUCUUAGGAUUCACAUGAGAACACACACUGGGGAGAAACCCUAUGAGUGUAAGGAAUGUGGAAAAGCCUUUCGCCACUCUUCAUACCUUACUGUCCACGCAAGAAUGCACACUGGAGAGAAACCGUUUGACUGUAUCGAAUGUGGGAAAGCUUUCAGUUGUCCUUCAUCCUUUCGAAGACACGUAAGAAGCCACACAGGAGAGAAACCAUAUGAAUGUAAAGACUGUGGAAAAGCCUUUGUUUGCCCUGCUUACUUUCGAAGACAUGUGAAAACUCACACUAGAGAAGCCACCUGACAGUAAGGAAUAUGGGAAUGUCUCUAAGAGUUGAAGAGUCCU